UUUGAUCACGUGACCGCAGUAUACAAAACAAUUCGUUGCUUUCCUUCUACAUGUGUUUACGACGUUCUUUAUACCUCAGUGGUGUAUGAAGGAGAUGGAAGUCAACAUGAACACAAUGCUGGCUGCAGGGCUUCUACUGCUUUUCGCUAUGCCCGGCGAACCUUACAGAAUCCCUCCGCACGAGGAAGUCGCCAGGAUGGCUAGAUUCGUCGCCAACCAGUGCAACUGGGCUUCCAUGGCCACAAUAUCGACCCAUGAGCCAGUGCAAGGACAACCCUUCUCCAAUGCAUUCUCUAUCAGUGACGGGCCAGUCGGGUCUGGGACUGGGGUGCCCUACAUGUUCCUCACCAGUAUGGAGAUCUCUGUUCAGGAUUUAAAGGUGAACCCCCAGGCUUCCUUGUCCAUGUCCCUGGCCCAGACAGACUUCUGUAAGAACCAAGGAUACGACCCUCAGGAUCCCCUGUGUGCCCACAUCAUCUUCUCUGGCUCUGUGCUGGAGAUUAACGGUACAGAGGCCACCUUUGCCAAGAAAGCCCUGUUCAGCCGGCACCCUGAGAUGGUUGACUGGCCCACCGAUCACAACUGGUUCUUUGCCAAGAUGAACAUCACCAAGGUGUGGGUUCUGGACUACUUUGGAGGGGUGAAGACAGUCACCCCAGAAGCCUACUUCAAGGCUACACCCUUCAAGGUUACACCCUACAACAGACACCACUGAGAGGACACCACAGUCAGUUUUUGAUGUGGAGGGAUCCUAAGUGUUUCAUAGUGGUCAAGAGGAUGGACCCAAUAUUCAGAACAAUGAAGACUCCCCCCCAACUAAAUUAGCUCAAUAAUGGCCAUUUGCUGAAUUCCAAAUCAUUUAAUAUCUACUGGGGUGUCUGGGGGAAGGGGAUGGUUUGGAAUUCAGAGUUUGUCUCUCAUAUGCUUGCAAUUUAAAUGUAUGCCUAUAGGGAUGGAUCUGUGUGUGUAAUUGCAUGAGUGAGCAGGUUAUACUCUUUAGGAAACUCUCUUGUUGUGCAAUAUAAUUAUUUGAUUGGUUUUAAGAAGGACUGCCUUCGUUGUUAGGGAGUCCAUUUAGCUUUUGUAUUUAUAUAAGAAAUAAUUGAUGGCAUCACUCUACCAUGUUAGGUGAGCAGUCAUAUGCAGUGUUGUAUUUUUACCACAAGGGGGGGGGGGCUUGUUACAGAUAGAAGCAGCUGCUUGAAGGGUAGUUCGACCAAAUUACAUAUUUUGUUGUAGUAUGGAGGGGAUUUUUAAAAAUGCCAUUUUGGCCUGCCAACAAGGGUACCACGCUCUAUUGUUUUUGGACAAUGCCACCAAUAAGCUGUAGCAAGGUGAACAAACCCACAUUCUGGGUGGCUGACUAGCUCCAUAGAAUAGCUUUUGAAUGUAGGUAUCCAUAAAAUUAGAAUACAUUGUAAUUUGGGUGAACCAUUUCUUUAAAGCAAAGGAAGAACAUGACACUCAUGUUGAAUUAAACUGUGAGUGUUAUUCCAGUCAGUGGUAUGUGUUGAUUAUGAAGCAUUGCACUUGUCAUCUACAAAUCCAUUUGUCAUUUUAUAAGUACAUUUUUCUUAGUCUUUCAUUUAAUCAGUUUGGGUCUCAUUUAUUUCAAUUCAAUAUCAUGCCAAAAUAGAACUAAAUAUGACAUUAGAAUAUUUUUUACUAAUAAUUAUUCUGUUCUACAACUUCACUUCCGAUUUUGCUGGAAUUUAAAUACAUUCUUUGUAUAUAUUUAUACAUGAAAUAAGUAUUUGAUAUAUAGGCUACUCUAUUUAUUUUUUUAACUCAGUGCCAUGAUUUUAGGAUUAGCCUGAAAUGGCUUCAUAAGCUUUUCUGAUCACCACUUGUAAAACAAACUGAUUCAAGUUUUGAUAUUUUGAUGCUGACAUGAUACAUUUUUAAAAACAAAAUGAUGGAUGAUUUGUAUAAAUAAAGCUAGAUUUUUGUAUGUACA